AUGGGAAGCCGGCAGAGGUGUCAGGCAAAUGCUCGUGAACGCGACAGGACCCACAGGAGGAAAACGGAAGAAAAAUACUCGUCUUCAAUGUGCAGUGUUAACACGGCCUUCAGUACUCUGAGGAUGUUAAUUCCGACAGAGCCUGCAGACCGGAAGCUAUCGAAAAUCGAGACUCUCAGGCUCGCUAGUUCUUACAUCAGUCAUUUGGAUGCUGUUCUCAUAUCCGGGCCGAUUGAUCAGCCCUGUCACAGGCUGGAGGAACCACCACACCACUGGGGUAAUUCCAGGGGGAGACCCCAGGUCUGCACUUUUUGCCUCGCGAUGCACAAACAAUACAAUUUUGAAGCUGUUGCAUCAUAUGCAUUUGAUAAAUUUUCUGGAGAAAAUAGAAAU